AUGUCGCUGGAAAAAAAGGAGCCAAUAGUCACAGAGACUGGAUUCGAUUCUCGCCGUGGUAGCGAUGCUCAAUCAGACUCCCAGGACUUUCAAGAACACAAACAGCAGAUUGUAACCACUGUAGACUCUUCUUUGGGCUCAAUCAGGGACUUUUCUGAUGAGCAGAUAGCAUAUCUGUUGAAAAAGCUGGGCUUUGAUCAUGCAGAUGAUGUGUCAGAUAUACCACCUGAUAUUGAGUACAUCGGUGAAAAAAUAAACCAAAUGACCGUGGAGGAGUCUAUCAGCGUACUCUCUAAAGCAACUGAGGACUAUCAGGAUGAUCCUAAUAUACCUAGCGAUGAAUAUCGUGAAAUGGAAAGAUUAUCUUGCUGGGAUAAUGUAGAUAUUAACAAUGCCAAUGAUGUUUUCGAGUUGAAGGCCUUGGCAGGACUGGUAAAGUACCACUCUCCUUAUAAAGAAGUCAGAGCCACGGUGGAUCCCAGAGACGAUCCUAACAUUCCUGUCGAGACUUUUAGAUCAUAUUUCCUGGCACUUAUUUGGGCAAUAAUUGGUUCUGGCUUUAAUGAGUUCUUUGCUCAUAGACUUGUGAGUAUAACUAUCAGUACUUCAGUCAUACAGUUGUUUCUCUUUCCUUGUGGAAAAUUUUGGGCGAAGUAUGUUCCUUGUGUUGGAUUUCCCAUCUGGAAAGGCAAGAGGAUAAAUUUCAAUAUUGAAUCACCUUGGAGUGCAAAGGAACAAAUGUUCUCAACACUAUUGUUCGCCAUUUGCACAGGUACUUUCUACACUCAUUACAAUAUCCUGACUUUGAAAGUUUAUUAUGGAGAUGAUGUUGGCUUUGAUUACCAAUUUUGGCUUUCCAUGAGUAUUCAAUUUAUGGGGUUUGGCUUUGCGGGAUUGUUGAGAAAGUAUGUGGUUUACCCAGCAAAAGCUAUCUGGCCAAUAAGUCUGCAAACGAUUGCUUUAAACAAGGCACUCUUUAGCGAAAAAGAUUCGAAGAAUGGAAAGUGGUUGACGGGUCAGCGAUUUUUCUUUUUGUCGUUGUUGUUCAUGUUUUUCUACACGUGGAUACCAACUUACCUGGCUAACUUUUUGAGUUACUUCAACUGGAUGACUUGGAUUGCACCUAACAACUUCAAUCUUGCAAUGAUCACAGGAAGUAUAUCAGGACUUGGGUUCAAUCCGAUCUCCUCUUUCGACUGGAAUGUGAUCAAUUGCUAUUAUCCCCUAACCACUCCAUUUUUCUCAUUUUUCACUCAAACUAUUGGAGCCAUUUUAGGUUUUAUUAUUGUUGUUGCUCUUUACUGGUCCAACUAUUAUUACAGCCAAUACCUCCCCAUCUUUUCCAAUGCUUUGUUUACGAAUACUGCAGAGCAGUUUGAAGUGACCGAGAUUUUGGAUUCGAAUUGGAGACUUGACAACGCAAAGUACCAGGCCUAUUCCCCUCCUUAUUUUUCAGCCGGAAAUAUUGCUACUUACGGUACUUUCAUCUCCUUUUAUCCCAUGAUGAUAGUAUAUGGAUUUUUCUCAGAAACUAAGGUGAUAGUUGAUGCGGCGAAAACUUGGUUCACCGAUCUUGUAUCAUUGUUCAAAAAAGAAACCUGGCAGAAUUGGAACUCAGAGGUUCACCUACUUGACAAUUUUGACGAUGCCCAUAGUAGAUCAAUGAGAAAAUACAAGGAGGUUCCAGACUGGUGGUAUUUCCUAAUCUUCCUCAUUUCGCUUGUUAUUGCAAUCUGUGUAAUCGAAAAAUAUCACACAGGCACUCCUGUUUGGACGUUAUUCAUGUCAAUUGGCUUUAACUUCGUUUUCCUGAUUCCACUAACUCUUUUGCAAGCUGUGACUGGGUUUUCCAUGGGCCUGAAUGUCUUGAUUGAAAUGAUCAUGGGUUAUGCGCUUCCAGGUAAUCCACAAGCAUUGAUGAUUAUCAAAGCUUUUGGGUAUAAUAUCGAUGGUCAAGCAGACAACUACGUUUCUAAUCUCAAAGUUGGCCACUAUGCCAAAAUCCCCCCCGUGGCUUUGUUUAGAGGGCAGUUAGUUAUGGUUUUUGUGCAAGUUUUUGUUAACUUAGGUGUUUUGAAUUGGUCAAUUUCUAACAUCAAAGAUUUCUGUCAACCAACUCAGGCUGCCAAAUUUACAUGCCCCGACGCGGUGACCUACUACAAUUCGUCAGUAGUCUGGGGCGCAAUGGGACCUAAAAAGAUCUUCAACGAUGUUUACCCAGUACUGAAGUGGUGCUGGUUAAUUGGUGCUUGUCUAGGGCUGUUCUUUGGCGUUUGGAAAAAAUACCUCAACAGGUAUUACCCAAGAUGGUUCAACCCAAUGUUGAUCGUUGGUGGAAUGAUAAACUUUGAACCUCCUUACAAUUUGACUUAUUAUAUUCCAGGAGCAAUUGCUAACUUUCUCUCUCAAUUCUACUUCAAAAAGUACCAUGUACGUUUGUGGUCCAAGUUUAACUACGUCCUCAGCGCGGGGUUCUCUGCCGGUUUGGUAUUUGCCUCUAUUAUCAUUUUUUUUGCAGUCCAGUAUAAGGAGGUUGAUCUCAACUGGUGGGGAAAUUUGGCUCCUUUUGAAGGCCUAGAUGGCCUUGGACCCUCAUUGAAAGAUGUCUCAAUGACUCCAAACGGGUAUUUUGGACCAGGUCCUGGACAUUACCCUUGA